AACCAAAUUACUCAAUUAAUAAUAAUUUCUUGCUUCCCAUUAAGAACAGAAAUCGUAUUUCGUAUUAAUUCAUGUUGUCUCUGCGUCUCAGCCGCCUUGUGAAACCUGCGACCGUGAGAUCAUCUCUUCUUCUGAGUCUCACUAGUAGUGGCUUCUCAACUACUUCCUCGGUGCAAACUCCUCCUUUUUCCAUCCUCCACGCUAGACCUUGUGGAGCGGAUCUCGGCAAACUCAUCAUUUUGACUGCUACUGGGGAUCUCACCACUUUGGAUAAGACAGUGCCACUCGAGUUGAUGAAGGAAAUGGUAAUGAUAGGGGCAUCUCAUGGCUGGAUAGCUACUUUGAAGGAAGAUGGAAUAAUGCGUCUCCAAGACGAUCUCAACCCGGUUGCAUCUGAUUCAGAUCCCAAACACAUUCCCCUGCCCCCUCUUGUGACUCUGCCUCAUUGCCAAACCCAAGUUGUCACCAACGUCGCCAUGUCCUCCUCUUCUCCUGAGCAUGAAGACUGUGUUGUCGCUGUCAAGUUCUUAGGACCUCAGCUGAGCUUAUGUAGACCAGCUCAAAGAAACUCCGAGUGGACCAACAUCAGAAUCGAAAACCAAUGUUUCUACUCCUCCCCUGUUAUGUUUUCCCAGAAAGAUGGAAUGUUUCGUAUUCCCGGAUCUGGAGGUAACCUCAUUGGAUCAUGGGAUCUCCACAAACACAAGAAGAAACCCAAGAUUCAGAGGUUGCGAUUCAAGAACCUUCCCGAGCUCACCAAGACCAAAAGGGAGCUUUUGCAUUCGUGUUGCACAAGCCAACACUUGGUUGAGUCAACAACUACAGAUGAGACUUUCUUGGUUAGGUGGUACAGGAAGGCCACAUCCAGUGGCGUCGUGAAAAUGAAAACAAAAGCUGCGAUGGUCUUCAAGCUAGACGAAGAAGGAAACGCAGUCUACACUGAAGACAUCGGUCAUCUCUGCAUUUUCCUGUCAAAGUCUGAACCGUUUUGUGUCCCUGCUAACUCCAUUCCUGGCAUGUGCCCUAACAUCGUCGAUCUUUUUGAUUUCGAUGAAUCCGCCACUUUCGGACUGGAUGAGUCCUCCCUCUUUAGUUCUAGUCAUACAUACCCGGCCCCUUAUCAUAUUCCACCACAAACUAUCUUGGACUAGUUUAGUUUGGAUUAUGAGUCUGUCUUUCCUCCUAAACCAUCUUCUCUUGUAAGAUUGAUAAACAUAUGCUAAGAUGCUCUUGGAGUUAAUUUGCUAUCAUCUCUCAUAAUUAAGUCUCCCAACUUAUUAUGUUUAAACUUUAUAAUAUCCUGUUUGCAGCAAUAUAUCAUCAUUCGUGUAGUUUUGAAAGCCAAAGCGGAUAAGUACAUAGAACAGAAUAGUGUGUGAUAAAGAAUCCAUUUAAUCUCUCGAAUGUAAGUUUAACUGACUGAUUUUACUGAAUCAUAUUACUAUGUUUCUAAUGUACAAGUGUAUUGUUCUUGCUUAUGUAUAUAUCAUCAAAUUGAAACUUGAUAAUCUUGGGAAAAUAAUGUUGGACUAGCAUUUGAACGAAUCACGAUUUUUGUAAGAU